AAGUGAUUUCAUAUAACUUCAGCAUUUGUUACUGGAACUAACGCCUUUGUUCGCGCCAAAAACUCAUACAUGUAUUAAAGGAUCUGACGCACUUGUUGAAUGCCCUUGAGGAACUAUCCCACAUAGCUAGGAGACAUGUCGAUGUUUGGAGAAGCCCGCAGAGCAAAGAAGGACGUUCUGGCGGACCUAGUGUCCCUGAAGUACGAUAUCCAGGACUGCAUCGCCGCGUCCUCCAUGCGCAAGGCCGUCCUGACGUCAUCCGAAGAGGACAUCAGAGCGGACAUGGCGUUGGUGGUAGAGAAGCUCACGACCUUGCUGGAGGUGAGCCACGACAACGCGAGGCUUCAGCUCAAUCAGGAGACUAAAGGCACGAGAGAGAAGGUCAAUGACGAGAUCAUUUACCUGGAGGAGCUUCAUAAAAGCCUUGAUGACAUGGAAGAGUACGUUAAGACCAACACCUCGAACACAAACUUGAAGCCACUGAAGAUAGGCAAGGAGAAAUGCGACGCAACCAGAUCUACGUUGGAGAACUUCAAGGCAAACGUAAAGACAUCAUGCGCCAAGUUUGUAUUACACCCAUUACUUGGACAAAUCCUUGAGCACAUGGAAACGUUUGCCCUCGGAAAGACGGUCAUUAUGGACGCAAAGGAACAGAUUGGGGUAGAAAGUAUUGACAGGCAAACCCUACCAGAAGAGCAGGACUUUGAUGAUGACAUUGUCAUCGGAAUAGGGGAGCUGAAACGUGAUUCCUCUCAAGACCCUCUGCGAACGUCAUUUAUUAGAUCCAACUCUUCAAAGUUGAUCCAACUACAACCUACAAAACGAUCUGCAACGUCUCGACAAGAAACAGGAAUUUCGAAUAAGUCUGGUCUUUUUCGACAAGAAUCUAUUAAAUCUAUUGAUACAGAGAAAGGUUAUACUGGUCUCCCCUCGCGCCUUAAUUCCCGGACUGACGCAUCCAUAAAAACUGUGACCCGGCAGAAUUCUAGUACCGAGGGUGUUACAAGUCGUAAAGAGACCAAGCUAUCUAAACUCAUCACUAAAAGACCACGAAAGGAAAGUACGACAAUGGCCAAGAACCAAGAGACCAUGAACAACGCAGAGCAGUACCGCGAUAUUCAGGGACUUAAAGCCACCAUUGCUUAUCGGACAAACUCGGCGCCUUUAAUAAAUCUUCCGACUAAAACUAAAAAUGAACCUUUGGCCUCAAUAAUUGAAGAAAGCUCCCCAAUAACAAUGCUGAACCGUGAGACACUGAACACAAAGGUCCAUGAAAACGGCUGCCACAUUACGAGCAUUGCUGUUUUGGCGAACGGAUCCGUAGUUCUGUGCGACAAUGUUCAUGACUCAAUCCAGUUAUAUAAUCCGCUGACAAAAUCCGUAUCUGAGAUGGAAUGCUCUAAACCCUGGGGUGUGGCUACCGUAGGGGAAAACGCGGUGGCGGUCACGUUACACUAUAAUCAUAAAAUAAUACUUCUGAAAGUUCAACAGGGAUUGGAGAAAAUUAAUGAAAAAGAUAUUGAAUUGAAAUGCAAGGCGGCGUUGACGUAUGAUGUUAAGUUUUAUGCUUACAGACUCUACGUCCUCUGCAUUAACAGUGACAUUCAUGUCUUGGAUUUGAAAGGGCGAGAGUUUAAAGUCAUCAAAACCGGAAUAGCCCCAAAUACUCUACGAUAUUUCGACAUUGACGUAGAACGAGACACGGUGGUCGUGUCCGGAGAGAAAGGGGUCGCGUGCAUAUCCAAAGGGAUGCCUUUGUGGCAUUUCAAACCUCAGAUCGGGAAGGCAAAGAUAACGUGCACGGGUGUGAAACUCGUCAAUCAGUGCGUCAUCGUGUGUGAUUGGGAGAACUUCCGAUUGGCAGAGAUCUACGAGGACGGUUUGAAAAUACGGACCGUCCACGGCGAGGGGUUGGAGAGGCCCGUCGCCAUGGCGAUUUCCCCUGCGGGUGACACGUUCUUUGUCAGCCAAGGCGACUAUGAUAUGGAGCCGGAAAAGACGAGGAUGAUUAAAGUUAUGAACGCAAUAAUGAAGGAAGAAUAAUUGCAUAUAUAACCUUUAUGAUGUGUAUUAUUUGUCAUUUGUAAUCGAUUGUUUACAGAGGUUUUAACCCAUGUUUAAUU